AUGGCAAGCGAUCAGAACAUAGCAGCGACACCAAGUCAGGCGAUGUUAACUAGCAAUCCGUUGGAAGAAACAAGUCCCGCUGCUUCCAUGCCAGUUUCACCGAUUGUUACCAGGUCACUCGACUUGGAGUUUGAGGUAGAAGGACCCCCACCAGGUUUUGCCAGUACCAUCGCUGCCUCUUCUGGGACAAUAGCAGCAGAUUUAUUUUCAUACACUCCUUUACAGCUCCAGUCAGUCGGACCAAUCACAACAGGCGUAAACGUUUUCGCCUCAGCCGCAACCUCCAAUGCACAGACUGUACGUCACAGCACUGCGCCGGUUAUCACAUCUGCUAGCCCCAGCACCGUCAUAUCACAGGGUGGCACACCCCACUACUAUCAACCUUCAGUUACUUACGCCAUGCCACCUCUAUAUUCAGCAGCGCUUACAGCGGCGUUAUCCACGCCGCCCCAUCAACCUGUGGUCAUGCCCGCGGGAAUGAUGAACGCCCUAGUGACCCCAGGAAAUCAGGCUUAUUUUCCCGGAUAUUACUUCGCUCCCCCAUACGGGUACUUGCCCCAAUACAAUACGCCAAUGUAUACUCCCCAGGGAGGACCACAAGGUUAUACUCAACAAUCGCCAUACGUGGCGUAUAUGCCGCCUUGUUGGACUCUUCCAGCAUCCCAACCAGUCUACAGUCAAAUUCCUCCCUCGGCGGAACCCAUAUAUGAUAGGGGAAAUACAUCUAGACCUCGUUUCUCCCCAGAAAGAGGCCCAAGCUCAACAGUGAACGUUACUCCAAUCCCACUCACUGUCACCUAG